AUGGGAGAUACACGUAAAAGAAAAAUUAGCCUUUGUCUCCUCAGCCCAAACCCUUUAAAACAGUCAAGUUGUAUAGACCCGAAUCGGAAAGUUAACCCAUUUAACGAAAAUAGACUCCCGAAAUUAAAGCUAAAUUAUCAUGAACACAAAGAAGAAGAUUUUCUAUUAAAAGAGAUCAACUCAAUACUAAACAAACCAAUUAUUUCUUUGCCUCCUAUCACAAAGAAAUCAGGAUCUUCUGAUCCUUUUCAAAAAAUCACCGAGAAAUGUCCUAAACGUCUCAAAACAAAUCCAAUGGUUUCUGACGAAGAAUUUCAAAGAAUCGAGUCAGUAUUGAGCACGUCAGCAAGUUCUGAUAGCAGCAGUUUUUCUGCUUAA